AUGGCAGCUAACAUGGACGUCAAGAAGGUCAUUCUCAUUGGGGGUGCAGGAACGCUCGGUUCAGUCAUUCUCCAAUCCCUCCUGGCUUUAUCUACCUUCGAGGUUAGCAUUCUUUCAAGAAUUUCUUCAAAGGCUUCAUUCCCUGCAUCAGUUUCAGUCAUCACAGCAGACUACGACUCUGAGGAUGACCUAGUGAGGGCCUUCAAAGGACAAGAUGCUAUUGUCAGCGCAGUGGGAGGAGCAGGAUUCACACAACAAAAGGGUUUUGUCAUCGCAGCAAUCAAGGCAGGAGUUAAGCGGUUUGUGCCUUCGGAAUACUCAACAAACACCCGCAGCGAUGCAGUCCGAAGUCUUGUUCCUCUUUUCGAGGCCAAACAAGAGAUCUUGACCUUAUUGCACGAGAAAGAGUCAACAAAAUUCUCUUGGACAGGUCUGGCAACUGGUCCUCUGCUUGACUGGGGGCUUCAAUCGGGGUUUCUGGGCUUUGAGAUAGCUUCCAAGAAGGCAAAGAUUUGGGAUAAUGGUGACAUUGUGUUCUCAGCAACAAACCAAGACGAAAUUGCGACUGCUGUGAUUUCGAUCCUGCAGCAUCCAGUCGAGACUGCAAACAAAUACCUCUACGUCCAAACCGCCGCGGUAUCUCAAAUAGACAUUCUCAAGUCUUUAGAGGCCGCAACCGGUCAGGACUGGGAGGUUGAGCGUGUCAAAACUGAAGAGUUAGUGGGUUUGGGAAAGCAGCUUGUUGCAUCAGGCGACUUUACUGGCAAUUUCCUGCUUGUGCAAGCGUCGGUCUGGGGAAAUGGUUCGGGAUUGCGACAGAACUUCUCCGUCGAUGAGUCCCUUGCAAAUUCAAUGUUGGGUGUGCGUCAAGGUGAGUUGGAUGAGACUGUAAAGAGGGUAGUCAAUGCCGCUGAAAGCAACUAG